UUACUUUUCAAACAUGCUUCUUCAAAUCAUUUACUCCCGUCAAACUCAUACCCACCAUCACUGUUUCUAGUCAAAAUCUCCUUCUCCAGACAAUAUCAUUUCCCCCUCUCCCUCUGAAACGCCCUCUUUUGUUCAUUCCGCCCACCAACUGUUUGAUGAAUUAACACCCUCCACCAACCCCCUUUUUUUUACCCCUUUUAUUUUGCUUUCAAACUUCACUUGCCUGACUCACGGUUAACCCCUCUUCCAAACUCUCUACCUUACUUUCAGUGCUUUUCUUGUACUUGGAUGCGGCCAUUGCUAUGGAAAGUGAAUCGUUGGGAUUGCUUAAAGUGCUUGUGAUUCAAGGGAAGAAACUAGUGAUUCGUGAUUUCAAGAGCAGUGAUCCUUAUGUUGUUGUCAAGUUGGGCAAUCAGACAGCAAAGACUAAAGUUAUCAAUAGCUGCCUGAAUCCUGUGUGGAAUGAAGAGCUAAGCUUUUCCCUCACCGACCCUGUUCAAGAUCUGACAUUAGAAGUGUUUGACAAAGAUCGGUUCAAGUCAGAUGACAAGAUGGGACAUGCCGAGCUGAGUCUUAAGCCGAUAGUUUCUGCUGCUAGGUUGAGACGGGCUCUUGGAGUUUCGUUAGGGGCAACAAUGUUAAGAAAAGUUAUUCCAGACACUGAUAACUGCUUAGCCAGGGACAGCAGCAUUAGUUGUAUGGAGGGAGGGGGUGUAACACAAAGCGUUUGGUUGAAGCUCCGUGAUGUAGAAUCUGGUGAAAUAGAGCUAAAGAUCAAGUUCAUUGACCAACCCGGUCCGCCAUCUCGAUAAAGAUUAAGGGGAGUUUUAGGUCUUGAACCUUGAAUACGGUGUAGCCUGUAAAUUUGCUUCUAUUUUCAUAGUUUUGAUGUGUUUGCAGCCUACUGUUACAAGUGAUUACUAGUAGAAUGAGGCAGUUUUUAGUAUCUGAAGCUAAAGUAGAAGGUUGUGUUUGUGUUUGGUUGGUGGUUUUUUCUUAAUGGGAAUGGACAGAGGAAGUGGAAUGGAAAGUUCAUUCUUGUA